AUGCCAACAAGCUACCUAAUCACCGGAGCGGCACGAGGUCUUGGAGACGCCCUGGUCAAGGUCCUAGCCCCCAAGCCCGGAAAUAUCGUUCUCGCCCUCAUACGUAGCAAGGCGGCUGCCGAGCACCGUCUGGCUGCGGACAACAUUACCAACGUCCAUGGCCUCGUCGCCGACGUCACUGAUGACAAGGCCCUGAAGUGGAAACCCAGCGAGAACGAACCAGCAACCAUCAUCGCAGACACCCAGCAAAGCAUAACGAGCCAAAUCAAGAAGGUCGUUGCGGUAUCCAGUGGGAUGGGCGAUAUCGACAUGAUCAAUGAAAUUCGCCUCUCCAACGCCGCGCCGUACGCCAUCAGCAAGGGCGCUCUCAAUGUCCUGAUCGCCAAGCUCAAUGCCGCUUACGAGGGGGAAGGCAUCCUCUUCAUGGCGAUUCGUCCGGGGCGGGUGGAUACGCUUGAGGGUGAUAUGCCGCUGUUACCGGCGCCGAUUCUCUCGCGCGCGAAAGGCAUCGAAGCCAAGUUCGAGGCGUAUGUGGGGGCUAAGGUUGUUCCGACGCGGCCGGAGAUUGCUGCAAGGUGUGUGUUGGCUGCAGUUGACCGGCAGUCCCUGGCUGGUGGGCUUGGGGGAUCUUUCUGA